AUGACAUGUCGACCGCUCGUUCAGAUUUGGCUGCCGGGAGGAAGACACAGUUUCAAGUUCCUGGAAGACGGCGCGUGGAGGUUGUCCGAUGACUUUCCGGUCGAAGACGACGGAGUUCGCACAGACGGAAACAAUGUGAUGGUCGUUGAGCCGCCUGUGCAGAGGAAGAAGAAGAAGGCAGAACAUAGCGAUGAGAACAAUCAGCGCGAACGAACCGAUGCAAACUCCAACAACGUCGUUGAUGUCGCAGAAGAGAACGUGGAAGAAGAACAGAUCGAAGAGACAGUCAUCCACAGAGAGGAGAUGUAUGCACGAGGAGGAGGCAAGAUGGAGCAGGAGCAGGAGCAGGAGCAGGAGCAGGAGCAGGAGCAGGAGGAGAAGACAACGGAAGAGGAUGAGAAUUUCGUUCAGGACUUCCACGAGCCCAACAGCGCAGACGACAUCCUGCAGGAUCAUAGCGCUGGGGAGCUGGACAACGACGACGAUCUCUAUACUACGGUGAAUGAGAUACAGGAGCUUCAGAGAGACAUUGAAAUGCUGAAAGGCCAAAGAGAAUGCAGGCAGCUUGCCGGUGCGGGCGGGCGGGAGGAGGAGGAGGAGGAGGAGGAGGUGAUGGAGAAGAGGAUGAAGGAGGAGGAAGAGGGCGGGGGAGCAAGUUUGAUGUCGACAUCGAAGACUAUGCAGAAGGCUGGACAAGGACAAACACCUUCAUCUUCAUCCUCGCCGUCAGGAGCAGCAGAAGUUGAAGCAGCAGCAGCAGACGAAGAAGAGAUGAGGACAACAGCAAGAGAGCCAGCACUGCAGGCAACAACACCAGUUGAAGUAGCAACAGCAUCAGCGACAGCAACAGCAACAGCGACAGCUAGAACAGAAGUUGCAGCAGCUGUAACAUCAUCAUCAUCAGCAGCAGCAACAGCAACAGCAGCAGCAUCAACAAAGGCGACAUGCAGGAAGAAGACAAAGAAACAUCACUGGUCUGACCUCCUGCUGUUGGACGCGCUCGCGGGACUGAAGAAAGAGUUGGAAGCGGAGAAGAUGACGGCAGUGAAGGGGCCCGGGAGCGAAGAGAAGGAGGAGGAGGAGAUGAAGAUGAUGGAGAUGAAGAAGAUGGCCGAAGAUGAGAAGAUCUGCCAGGAGAUACGAAAAAGGUCGCAAGAAAGGUUGAGGGUGAAGGGCAGAUGGCUGGAGGAGGAGGACGAGCAGAGAGCUGGGGUCGCUGUCUGCCAGCGAGAGAAGAGGAGGGAGGUGGAGAUUGAGGAGCGAAGGAUCGAGGAGGAGCGAAGGAUCGAGGAGGAGCGAAGGAGGGAGGAGGAGCGAAGGAUCGAGGAGGAGCGAAGGAUGGAGGAGGAGCGAAGGAUCGAGGAGGAGCGAAGGAGGGAGGUCGAGCGAAGGAUGGAGGAGGAGCGAAGGAUCUUUGAGGAGCGAAGGAUCGAGGAGGAGCGAAGGAUCGAGGUGUACCGAAGGAUGGAGGAGGAGCGAAGGAGGGAGGAGGAGCGAAGGAUCGAGGAGGAGCGAAGGAUCGAGGACGAGCGAAGGAUCGAGGAGGAGCGAAGGAUCGAGGACGAGCGAAGGAGGGAGGAGGAGAACAGAAUGGCUCGCUCCGUCACCUUGCGAAAUCGUCAAGAGGCACAUGUGGAGGAGGAGCUCGAGAGACGGGGGAGGCAGAGGCGGCAGACGGAGAGUAGGAGCAGGAGGGAGCAGGAGGAGCAGGAGACUUGCAGAAAUCUGCUGGUGCGCCAAGAUGGUCAGAGGAAGAGACUUGGAACGAUUGACUGGGAGGAGAAGAGGAGGAAAGACGUCAGAGAGAAACAGCUGUUGGCACUGCAAGCAUGGGAGGACGCGUCUCGGGCUGCAGCGGAGGAAGCAAACGAGAGGAGGAAGAUGCGGCGGAAAGCUCGAAGGCUGGGGGAGCAGGAGGAGGAGCUUCAGCGCAGGCUGGGCGAGGCGAGGAAGCAGCAGGAGACAUUGCGAUCGCACGAGGAGGAGGUGAGGAGGAGGCUGCAGGUUCAGAGCAAGAAGAUGCGAGGUAUGCGAGUCUUCGCGGAGGAGGAGGAGAUGCGGCGCAGGGUCUGUGAACUGCAGGAGGGGAAGAGGAGGGAGGAGGAGAAGUGGGAGAGGAGCCGCAGGCUUGAGGAGCAACGCUUCGUGUGGCAGCUUGCGUUGGAGGAGGAUGCGAGGAGCAGAGGAGAGCAGGCGGAGAGACAGCGACUGCUGCUGGAGAAGAAGGAGCAGGAGCAGGAGCAGGAGGAGCAAGAGCAGAUUCAGAAGGCUGUGCUGGAGAGGAGGAGGAGGCAGGCAUGCAGGCUGGAGGAGGAAGAGAGAGGGCGGAAGGAGGUGCGGAAGGUGGAGGAGGCCAAGUGGAAGGUGGGGAUGCUGCUGGAACAGCGAGCUCGAGCUGUUGCGUCCAUCAGGAGGGAGGCGGAGGAGGAGGAGGAAGAGAGGAAGGCUCUUGCGGAGAGACAGAGAAGCAAGCACGGCGCUUGCAUCGAGGAGCUUCGCUUUCAAGAGCAGGAGGAGCAGGAGGCUGGGAGGAGGAGGAGGCUGGAUCUCCAGGCGGAGCAGGCGGAACAGGACUGGAGCAGCAGGAGGAGGAUCGCGACAAGACAAACGGCAAAGCUGCACGCUCAGCUCCUGGUGAAGCGAGAUCCAGGUGCAAACUCCUCCUCCACCCCCGACCCCAACGAUGAGCUCCAGAGGCGAGCCGACGAUCUUCUACUGAAAAUGCGAGAAGAGGUUCAGCCCUGA